AUGCCACUAACACCUCAUCUGAUCAGCAAAUGGAAGGCUUUCUUCGCCUUCUUGGACACAGAUAAAGAUGGCACCAUCACGUUCAACGACUUCGAUAUUUUAGCCCGCAAUUUUACCCAGUCAUCUGUUGCACUUCCGGAGAACAAUGCUAUGCGCCUGCACAACCUUUGGCUGCAGUGGUGGUGGCUGAUGGAGAAGUGCUUGGGAGAGAACAGCCUCGAGAUCACAGACUCAAUGUACAUGUCCUGUAUGCGGCUGCUGCAGGAAGGGAAGUACCCAGCUCUGCGCGCCGAGUUCGAGGGACUCUGGGAGGCCAUGUUUCAUAUCAUUGACGACGACCGCGACGGCAACCUGACCGAGUUGGAACUGGCCGUGUUUUACCGUUGGCACGGUCUGGACUCGGAAGGCUUCGCUCACCGCGUGUUUGUUCACCUCGACCUGGACACGAACGGAUUUAUCAGUGAAGAAGAAUUCAUGGAUGCCAUGAAGGAAUUCUGGUUUGGAGAUGACCCAAAUAAUGACUAUUCUUUCAUGUUCAGCACCACAGCAACUCCUCCGCCUAGAAGGAGAAAGCUUAGGAAGUCUGCAAGCACGGUGCCGGUGGAACAGAUCGAAACAUGGUGGUGCUGCGUAGUAUUAUGA